AUGUCCAAUUUUAUAUCAUAUUCAAAUUUGUCUUCAUCUUUGUCUGCCUUUGCCUCAAAAUUGUCUAGUGUAGAAAUUCCAAAAAAUGUACAAGUUGCUCUAGAAAUUCCAAAGUGGAGGGAAGCUAUACUUGAGGAGAUGAAAGCUCUAGAAAAGAACAAAACUUGGAGUGUUACGACAUUACCGAAUGGAAAGAAGACAGUUGGAUGCAAAUGGGUGUUUACUGUGAAGUAUAAUUCAGAUGGGUCAAUUGAAAGGUACAAGGCUCGCUUGAUGGCUAAAGGCUUUACUCAGACCUAUGGUAUAGACUACUCAGAGACAUUUGCUCCUGUUGCAAAACUGAACACUGUAAGAACUCUUUUAUCUCUUGCUGCUAACCUGGAUUGGCCCCUACAUCAGUUAGAUGUUUAG